UUUUAGAUUUUGAGAAAGCUUGGUAUAUAGCGUCAGGCGUUAGUUUUAGAUCUAAAAGUUUAAAUUCAAGAAACUCAGCAUACGAAUUUUUUAAUACCCCAGCUUGUUAAGAUUUACUCAAAAAAUGUCGCAACCUGUCGCGUCCAAGGCUCGUGUCAUAAAGAUCCUCAACCGGAUUGGAGCCCGUGGCAUUCUAACCGAAGUCCGGGUGCAACUAAUCGAUCAGCCCAAGAUGCAAUUCAUGCGCACAGUCAAAGGACCCGUGCACUUGGGAGAUAUCGUUGAUUUCGAGGACACAGAGUUAUCCUGGCCAUCUUCGAGCAAGAGCAACAGCAACUUCGGAGAUAUUUGCUAAAUAUUUCCAAAGAUCUUUGGUACUAAUCAAAAAAUUGGCAAUAGCACAUUAAAAGAAAAAGGCUGUUCCCUUUUUUCCUACGUAAAAUCUAAAAGAUUUACGUAAUUAAAUUAAAGAAAGUAUUUUCGGUUAGUUUUAAA